AUGACAGAUAUCUCAUUUUAAGGAUUUAUUUCAUUGAAAAAUAUUAAAAAUCCAUAAUAUGAAAUGGAAUAUUUAUUAGAUUCAGAAAAUGAUAAAUAUGUAAGAGAUAUAUUACCAAUUAAAAUUUAAAAUUUUGAAAUCAAAAGAUUAGAAUGGAAUGAUUUUAUAGGUAAACCAAAUUUUGAAAUGCCUUAUAUUGCUCAUUGUUAUUGGAAUAUAAUAUAUGAUUAUUAAAUGAUUGAAGAAAAAGAAGAACCAUUAAUUCAAAAAUAACAAUCACCAAUUUUACCUAUAAAAAAAAAUAAUUAAUCUUAAGACAAAGAAUAUCCUUAAGAUUUAAAGCAAUCACCCUAAAUACCUUUUAGAAAAAUUACUGAGCCAUCAGAAUAAUAAGGUAUAAAACAAUAAUCACCUAAAUUACCACCAAAAAUGCCUCUUUAACAUAAUAAUCAAUUACCUAGAAUUAAUAAUAGACUCUUCAUUAAACCUCCAACACCUUCUACAAGAGUGUCAAGUGUUUAAAGAAUUAAUCGUUUAUAGACUCCUAAGAAUUCUUCUCCUCUACAUAAAAUAGCUAGAAGUAAUUCAAGUUCAAGUCUUAAAAGAUAAUCACCAACAAGAUAGAAAAUUAAAUUAUAAGUUUCAUGCAAAUUUCUAGAAAAAUCAUGGGCUAAAUAAACUUCCGAUGAUGAAUUAUUAGAACAUGAAACAGGACAUUAUUUAAUAGGAUGUUUAUGUGCUUUAGAAUUUAAAAGAUAAAUUGAAUAAUUAGGUAUUUUAAAAUCAGAUAAUCAUUCAUCUGAAAUCAACUCCAUCUUUUAAACCAAUUUAAGAACUUUUCUUAAAAUUGAAAAAGAUUAUGAUGAAGAAACUAAUCAUUAUUUUGAUACUAAUUUAUAAAAAAAAUGGAAUCACAAAUUAAAAGAGUAAUUAUUAUUGUAUGAGAUGUAUUUUAACAAUUGA